CUCUGAUGGCACCUAGAACUCGACAGUCAAUGCGGUAUCUAGCUUUCUAUAUGGUUGGUAGACCUACACACAUCCAAAUAGUGUAGUUUCAAGUGGUGGCCACAUGGAGGCAAGAAAUGCCUCUGUGACAAAUGUGGUGCAACACUUUUAACGGCCCCCCUUUAUCUGACGUGAAAACGAGUGAUUCCGUUAACCUCUCAACAUGUCGGGCGGUAGAAAGCCCCGCUCGGUCGCGAACCCAUUGGAAUCGGCUAUAACUACACCAAGCGAACGAAUUUUGAAACAAUGUCACAAUUUGUAUAUCGACAACGACAACGGGCUGGUGAAAAUUGCGACUGGUCUGGGUCUCUUGCUGCUGCCUCCACGGAAGAAAAUCAUAGUGAUGAUAAUGGGGAACCAUUCGGCAGGAAAGAGUUCCUUUAUCAACUGGUAUGUGGAGGAGCACAUUCAGAAAACAGGAGUGGCUAUUGAAACGCAAGGGUUUACCUUUAUAACAAGUGGACGAAAAAGAGAGUCUUUAACGGGCAAUGCAACGCUACACCUCUACCCCCAUUUCCGACCCCUGCUGGAGUUUAAAGGUGUCACGGAUUACCUCUCGGCCGAAAUCUCCACCUCCAAGCAGAAGAAGUUUAGUCUGGUCACUUUCGUGGACACUCCCGGCCUGGUGGACGGAGACAUGAUCUAUCCUUUCGACGUCAACAAUGCCAUCACAUCGUUUGGGCAACAGGCGGACUUGAUCUUCGUGUUUUUUGAUCCCAUGGGGCAGGCGCUGUGCAAGCGAACGCUCAACAUCGUGGAGAAGCUGAGUGAGACGUCCGCAGACAAGCUGCGCUUUUACCUUAGCAAGGCGGACGAGGCCGGCAAAGAGACGGACAGACAGAGAGUGAUGAUGCAGAUCGUUCAGGAGCUGUGUCGCCGCCCGGGACUCAAUAAGUGUGGCUUUGAGAUGCCCACCAUCUUUAUCCCCAAUCCCCAGAAGCCGAGCAGGUGCAUCAAUCAGAUUGAUGAGGUGUGUCAGACCAUAGAGAAGACCAUCAACCAAGCUGUCCAGAAGACCCUUGACCAGCUCGAGAAGGACUGCGACCUCAUAUGCAGUACAAUCACCAACAAACUGGCAGAGGACAGAGAGAACGUGAGGUACAACAACAGCUCCAGGUUCCACUCCUUCAUGUGCGGUCUGAUGGGUCUCCUGCUGCCCGCCCUCUUCAUCCUCAGCUUCGUGGUCAACACCUUCACCAGGGAGGAGCUGGACAGCCUGGUGGGAGAGGGGUUUGCGACCGCCCUCUUCCUCUCGACAGGAAUCAUGGCUCUAUUGUGGGACUGGAUACCAGAGGAUGGGCAAAUAUUAUUUGUAAUCUUACUUGGAGUAUUCAGCUACUUCCUCCUAUUCCUUGCCAAGUAUUUUGGCCGCCAGGGGAGCAAGACCCUCACCAAAAAAGGAGAAGAAGACCCUGGCAGAGUAUAGUGAGUUUGUCCGAGAGAUAGUCAAAGCCAAAAAGCAGAGACUGUACGAGGAGUUCCUCCAAGAGUGUGCUGCGGAAUAUGACUUCUGAUCUUAAGCUUCAGUGUGUGUGGUCAUUGAUGUGGCAAUUUAUCGGUGGGCAUUUCACACUCCAAAAACAAACCAGCAAGCAAAAAGUUCAGAGGACUUGAAGUAUGCAGAAAACAAACAAUUAUCUCAGCCAAUGCAGUAUCCACAUACGUGACAUGUACUGUGUACUGUCAUUAAGCCAAAACCACAUGGGAAUUAUCCCUCCUCACAUAACACACUCUUAAUUCUCUACCUAUACUAUAUUUAUAUUUAUAUUUAAUCUAUGAGGUUGUGGUCACUCCAUAGGUUUAAGUCCCUCACCCAAGCCAGAGACUAGAUCUGGCUCUAACCCCGCCCCCCCCCAGUGCCUUUCUUUGCAUAAUGUGAAUGAAUAAGCAAAUAUGAUUGUACAUACAAUAGGACCUCACAGAGUUUGAGUUUUAGAAUCUGCCAUUUUCUGAGAUUCUGUAUGUUUUUUUAUGUAUUUAAAUCUGAAAGUGCGCACAGGACUGUUUACAUAAGAUGAAGCUGCAAUUUUUUAUUUUUUUCUCCCUCAAUAACCUUUAACUGCCUUUUUUCUAGUUGAGGUGCAUUCAUGGUCUCUUUUGUUGUUUGUUUUAUUUGAUUGUGUGUGUGUGUGUGUGUGUGUGUGUGUGUGUGUGUCUGUGUGCAUUUUUGAGUGUGUGUAGGUGUCUGUGUGUGUGAAAGCAUUACUGCCGUUUUGGUAACAAGCAUUUUCUUUACAGUCAUAUAGGCCUAAGGACUAUAAACGUUAUCAGUUCCCAUCCUUAUCCAGGAUAGACUGAUCAAAAUUAAAAUAAUCUGUCCAAAUAAAUUAUGCAUAUUGGUAACUUUCUGCUAUUCUAAAUGCUAUUCAAAUCUUGUUAUGUCUGAAUCAUAAAUGCUGAUGAAACUCGUGCUAUCAGUAGAAAUAUAAUAAUAAUAUCAGUGUUAGUUGUCAAGUAUCCUCCAUUUUAAAGUUUCAAUAUCUGUUCAUUUUUACUCCAUUUUCUGUUGAAGUACAUAUGUCUUGACCUCAUACAGCAUCCCAGUUCUUUUCUGUGAGUGUUUUAUGCCGUUUUAAACCUGCUCCUCUAUGCCAUGUAGGCCUACACUUUGUUUAUCGUUCUUUCACUUUACUUCAAGCUUAAGGGGUUCCUGGGGUUCUUUUGGGAUACUGUUUUUAAAAAGAAAUUACCUGAAGUUUCCAAAUCAAACUCCUGUGAAUGUUUAUUUAACACUCUUGUUUCUCUGCACAAUUACUCAGACAUCUCAUUUGAUCUUUGUAUUGGUGCUGUUGCUGAUUUUAUGAAGCCCUCAGUGAUUUCAGAACGUUUAUAAUUUCUUGAAAGGUACAAAUGUGUAUUUUUGAUUAUGAUUCAGAUGUAUUUUAUACAAUAUAAUGUGAUUUCUGUAGGUGUUUGCCAACAUGUCUUCCACAACUGACUGAUCUGGUGUUGUCGCUUUGUCAAAGGCUAUGUUAAUGUCAGACUGCUAUGUAAUUGUUUUGUGUAUGGACUACUUGUUAAUGGAAUAGUAAAUAAAUAUUUCAAAUUA